AUGGCAGUGCUGCAUGGGCACCUCAGGCAGAGGGAACGCUCGCAGCCAGGAGACGGCGAGCCGCUGCUCCCGCAGCAGCUCUGCCCCUGCUUUCAGGGAAGCGCGGGGACGCGAGCCGGCCGCACGCACGGGCGUGCCAGAGUCGGCAGGGCGGGCCCCCGGCGCCGCGGGAAAAUGCGCGCCUGCCCCGCCCCCAGGGGGCGCUUCCCGCCAGUCCCGCCCGCGCCGCCCCUCCCACCGCGCGUCGCAGGCUGGGCCGACCCUCCUCGUCCCCGCCCGCCGCAACGAUGGCGGCGAAGCCCGAGGGUCUGCCCGCCUUCAAGAUGGCCGCCCGCGCUGCCGAGGCCGGGCGCCCCCUCAGGCUGGUGCCCGUCUCUCGGCGCGCGGCCAGCGGCGAAAUGGUGCGCUCCCGGCGUGCCGCGCGCGGGCGGGGCGGCGCGGGGCUUGCCGGGAGCUGUAGUGCGGGGCGGGCGGCGGUCACGUGGCGCUCUCGGCAGUGGCCGCGCUGGGAGCAGAGGCGCCAAGAUGGCGGCGCGGCGGGGCGGAGCGGUGCCCGCCGCCAACGGGGCCGGGGCCGGUGGCGCUGCCGCCGCGGCCGCUCCGCGGGGCCUGGCGAGCGGCGGAGCUCUGCGCGAGUCGUCUUUCCGCGCCGGCAGCCCCCUGCAGUGCUUUUCCCUUGAGGACGAUGACCUGAACUUAACAUCGUUGGAUGCAGAAACCAUCUUAGAGGCUGAAGAGAUCCUGGGGACAAUGCAGAACUAUCUUGACUCCUCUGUGAUCUCCAUCAUUGAGGAUCUUUCUCUGAGUGAGCAGAGCAAGGCCUGCCUGGAUGCACAGAACGAGCUGUCCCUGCUAACUGCCAUCACAGAGAUCCUGGACAGCACAGAUGAUGAGACCUUGUCCCCCUUUGACACCAUCAUGGAUGCAGAGCUGCUGACCUCACCUCGUGAGCGGGAGAAUACCUCGUUUCAGAAGUUUCUCACCUUAUCCCGCCCAUUGCUGGAGUGUGAGAGCCCUACCCUGGAACAGCCUAAGGCUCUCAGGCCUCUCAGCACCAGCAGCAGUGUCUCUGUGGUUGGGAAGACUGACACAGAUGUGGCCUGGGACCGUGCUACUCAUGGCCUUGAGGAUCCAGUGCUGCCUAAGAAGCAAGUCUGCAGUACCCCGAGAGUGGACAGGAAGGUGGGCUGGCACCGAGCCCGAGAGCAGCCCCUGCCACAGCGCAGUGAUGGGGAAGAAGAAGAGGAAGAGGCUGCCUUGAGCCUGGAGCUAGACAGAAGCAUGGAAGCUGUGAAUUUCUGUGUGAGCGAGGCAGGGGCAGCGCUGGAGGAGCAUGAAGACCCCUGCAUCAUCAACACAGGUGAUGUAUCCCUGAGUGAGCUGGUGAAGUCCAUGCACCCCUACUGCCUGCCCACCUUCACUGUGUGCCUGGACCCUGACACGGAGCCUGUGGCCAAGGAGCUUCUGAGCAGUCCUGUCUUGCUGGAAAUUGUGCCUGGAGAGGGAGAGAGUGUGGAGAUCCCUGUGGUUCUGCAACCCUUGACUCCCAACUCCCCUGACCUGGAGCCCCAGCUCCUGGGAGUAGAGGAGACUACCAGGGAGUCAAUCCCAGAAGAUUGUGGGGAGCUGCCAGGACCUCCAGCCCAGGAAAAUGGGUUGGAAGAGGAGAAGGAGGAAAAACUUCCUGGGAAGGAGCCUUCAUGCACUACCCCAGAGGCCACCUCCCCACUGGAGACAGCGGCACCUGGAGCCUCAGGUCCCAACCACAGCUCCUGGCACAGCACAGAAGCCCCCGCAGGUGGAAAACGGGAAUGCUCUGAGAAGGGACGGGGCCGUGAGAGAGCAAGGAAGAGUCGGAAAAAGAAAGCAGAGGAGGACCAAAGCAAGCAGGCCAGGCCUGGCAGGGACUGUGUAGCCCACCGGCUCCAUUCCACUGGCUCUGGACAACCUCAUGUCCAGCCACCCAUCAGCCGGCAGCGGGCAGAGUGUCCCUCUGUUCAGGUCUCAGACUUCCUGGCGCAGCAGCUGGAGCGAGCCAGGAAGGAGGGGCAGAUGGAGCUGCAUGCUGAGCGGGCAUCUCGGCCCCGGGGCAGGCCUCAGAGCACAGCAGGGACCUUGCUGCCCAAGAAGGUGAAGCAGGAGCUGCAGAAGGAGCCAGCAUCCGAAAUCGUGAAUGUGGCCAUGGAGAAAAACAAGACUCUGGUGUCCCUGGAGAAGACUGCACCAAGCGUGGAGGGGCAGCCAGCAGCUGCAUGUCCCAGCCUGACAGACCGGGCUGAGGGCCAGGGAGAUGUGCAGCCAUCUGCUGGACAGAGCAGUGGGGUCUCGGAGGCUGCCUCUCAGCUCCCAGAGCAAGGUGUUGGGCUGGAGCCUGCCCAGAGGCUGCCAGCAGCAGAGCCGAGUGAGGGCCUGCCUAAGGAAGCCAAACCCAAGGCCCUGAGCCUGCGUGAGUACCGCAUCCGCAUGCUGCACCGUCAGCCCAGCACGGGUGGCAGUCAGGAAGGCAAGAAGCAAGUGGCCAGCAAGUGGCCCAGUGUCCCCGAGCCUCCGACAGAGCUGGCAGAGAUCCCCUGCCUGCUGUCACCCAUGCGCUCUGCCACCGAGGCAGACAGUGCUCAGAAGGGACCAGACAAACCCACCAGCCCUGCUGCUGUCCCUUCUCCUGCCAGCAAAGCUCCCACUGCUCUGACUUCAGCCCCAGCACCUGCCACAGCUCCACCACCGCCAUCAACACCAAUGCCUUUUGUUGCACCAAACGUGCCCCCAGCUGCUGGGGUGGCCCCCACUGGGAUGCCGCCAGCCUCUGCCGGUGCUUAUGCCCUUUACCCACCAGUGCCUUCCUGGCCCUGCUUCAGCCCGCAGCCCAUGGGCUGCCAUGGUUUGCCCCCACCACCCAGUGCCAGCUCCUCCAGCACUUUUCAUGUGGUGCCUGGCCUCCCGCCUCCAGCAAUGGCCUGGCCCCCUCCACCUUUGCCACCCCCGCCUCCAUUUGGCCCAGGCGGCCCCUAUGCCCCAGUUGGGUGGGCCCCACCAUCCUACUGGCCUGGAAUCCCCGUGCCGCCUCCGGUGCCUUCCCUUGCGUACAGGGACCCCGGAGCAGCAGUGCAGGCCACCACCGCCUUCCCAGCUGGCAGCCACCCUGGCACAGCCCCUCUGCAUGGGCAGUCUCCUGCUGCCCCUAUGCUCAGCUGCCCGGAGCCACCAGCCUUCCCUGCCCAGUCACCUGCUGCCCCAGCCAGCGAGAUGGGGCCUGCAGGUGGCCCAGCCAGGCCUGCUGCUGGCAGGGUGUCAGAUCCCAGGAGGCAGGCACGGCUGGCAGGAGAGAGCUCCCUCCCCAAGGCCCCUCUGGCUCCAGCCCCAGCCCAGCCCCUGCCAGCCCCCUCAGCUGCUGCUGCCCAGCCCAGCAGGGUCCCUCCUGCAGUGCCAGUCCCCCAGGCUGUCCCCACCCAGCCUCUGGAGGAGUCCCAAGUGGCAACUCCCAACCAGCUCCCAAAGGCCCCCCCAGCUGCCAUCUGCUGCCCAGCAGAGGUGUCUCCUGCCCCUGUUGGGCAGUCCCCUGGCACCCAUGCCACGGACAAGGCUGUAGGGCCAGGGAAGGAGGCAGCGGAGAAAUCCCUGUUGAAGCCCAAGGCAGCUGCUGAGCAGGAGGUACCUGGCCAAAAAUCCACCUCCCAGGCUGUGGCACCACCACGGAAAGCAGGUCGAGAGAGCAGCGUUCCCACCAAGGCACCCGCUGUGCGGCCAUGGAGGCACCAGCCACUCCUCAGCCCAGCCCAGCCCAGAGACAGCAGCAAGGACAUUGUCCAAGCCUUCAUCAGCGAGAUCGGGAUUGAAGCCACCGACCUGUCCAGCCUGCUGGAGCAGUUUGAGAAGUCUGAAGCCAAGAAGGAGGAAACUCCUGUACAGCCCCCUGAGGAAAGGCAGCUGACAGGGAGCUCUGGGCCUGAGACCCAGCAGGAAGCACCAACCCAACAGGACAGGAAGCCCCCAGACGGCCUGCAGGCCUCUGAGCUGGCCAAUGUGGCAGGCCUCACGCCCCCAGCGACACCUCCUCACCAGCUCUGGAAGCCUUUGCCUGCUGUCUCACUGCUGGCCAAGACCAAGUCACCUGGGUCCAUGCCCCCGGAAGGGCCCCCGAAGUCAACCAAGCUGAUGAAAGCCAAGCCACUGCUCCCAAACAAGAUCCAGGUGAAGAGCUUGGUGCCAGCCCCUGCCAGCGCAGCCCCCAGCCACGUCUGCUCAGGAGACCAUGACUACUGCAUCCUGGGUGCACCGCAGCCCGAGAGCAGCAAUAUCCCUGGCACGCAGCCCCCUGCCGAAGGUGGCUCCCGCUGGAACGUCAAACACCACCGGGACAUCACUAUCAAACCCAUCUCCUCUUUAACCAAACGGACGCUGGACCAACCUGAGCCCACCCUACCAGCCCCCAACACCACCAUGGGGCACAGCCCGGAGCCCCUGGGGAUGGCCUGCCCAGCUCCCCUGGAUUAUCGGACUACCAUCCCCAACAAGGCCACCACUGGGUGCAGCAGUCCCCCCACCUCAGUGCUCCUGUCUCCAGCUGCAUCCCCCUGCCGGGACCAGGAGGUGCAGACUCCCAGUGCCCAGCCCAGCCAUGCUGCUGCCAAGAGAUCCCUGCGCUGCUACCGGAGACCCCAGGACUCACCCAGCCCCUCUGCCGACAGCUGGAGGGCUGGCCGGAGCCGUGCCAGCCGUUCUUUCAGCUCCAGUUCAGAUGGAGCUAGUGAGUCCUCAUCUUCAUCUUCAUCCUCGUCCUCCCGAUCCCGGUCACGGUCGCUCUCCCCACCUCCCAAGCGGUGGCGAAGGUACCGCUCAAGAUGUUCCCACAGCUCCUCCUCUCGCUCCAGCUGUGGGUCAUGUGGCAGGUCCCGGGACAGGUCCUCAUCCUCAUCAUCAACAUCCUCCUACUCAUCCAGGUGCACAUCCCGCAGCCAGUCCCGCUCCCCCUCGCCCCGUGGGAGGAGUAACAGGUGGAGAAGAUACAGUUAUGAUGCACAGGACCACUACCAAAGGCAGAGGAUCCUCCAGAAGGAACGUGCAAUAGAGGAGCGGCGAGUUGUGUUUAUUGGCAAGAUCCCCAGCAGGAUGACCCGGUCGGAGCUGCGGCACCGCUUCUCUGUGUUUGGGGACAUUGAGGAGUGUACCCUGCAUUUCCGCUCUGAGGGGGAUAACUAUGGCUUUGUCACCUACCGGUAUGCUGAGGAAGCCUUUGCUGCCAUCGAGAGUGGGCACAAGCUGCGGCGCCCAGACGAGCAGCCCUUCGACCUGUGCUUUGGUGGCCGCAGGCAGUUCUGCAGGAGGAACUACGCUGACUUGGAUUCAAACCGUGAGGAUUUUGACCCAGCUCCCGUCAAGAGCAAGUUUGACUCCCUGGACUUUGACACUCUGCUGCGGCAGGCACAGCGCAGCCUGCGGAGGUAGCGGCAGGCAAGGCGGAGCACCCGCCCCCACUUUUAUACUCAAAUACAAAAGGCAAAAAAAGAAUGGAGAGAGAGAUGAGAUUUUUAAUAAAAUGAAAAAGGAAAAAAAUUUGUUUUAUAACCAAUAUUUAAGGAGGAUGGGUCAUUGGCCUUCAACUGGAGCAGUCCAGGCAAGUGGCAGCCCUGGGUUUGCCCCAGACAUAUAAUAAAUACGGAUGCCCAAACAGCA